GUGAUCGGUACUUGUCCGAUUUUUGUCAGUGAGGCACUAUACAUCGAGCUGUACGGGUGUAUUACUUGCUGCUUCUGAUAAUCUGCAGCUGUAUUGAACUUAAACUCACAAUGGAUAAGUUUGUCAUUAAGAAGAGAAAACAUGGAGAUAGUGGUGAGGGUGAAGAAGGAAACGAAAGUAGAAGUACGAGUGAAAAGGAUUUGGCCAUUUCAACAGCAAACAAAUCAACUUCCAAAAAAAAGCAAGAAAAAUCGCUCCUAUUUGGAUAAUUAUCUAGAUUUGGGAUUCUUUUGGUGUGGCGAUGAGGUUAAUCCUACACCACUGUGUGUUAUUUGUGGUGAUAAAUUAGCUAAUGAGGCGAUGGUACCCAGCAAAUUAAAGAGGCAUUUAUCUUUGAAACAUGGUCAUCUUGCCAACAAGCCUCGAUCCUACUUUGAAGGACUUUUAAAUGAACAAAAACAACAGAGGGUGAUGCUUUCUAAAACAGUCAAAGUUUCUGAUAAAGCACAAGAGGCCAGCUACUUAGUUGCAGAGUUAGUCGCUAAAAGCAUGAAACCUCAUACAAUAGCAGAGACACUAAUUCUUCCGGCUUGUAGUGCCAUUGUAAAAACAAUGUUUGGAAGUGAAGCAGAAAAACAAGUGAAAAAAAUUCCCGUCUCGGAUAGUACCAUCAGCAGACGGAUUCAUGAUAUGUCAGCAGACAUAGAGGAAACUGUAUGUGCCUCUGUAAAGGAAAGUGAAAUGUUUGCACUUCAGGUAGAUGAGUCCACAGAUAUUGGAGGAAAGAUGGAUGAGCCCAUAGUGAUCAAUAACUUCAUUGGUGGAGUGAUGGUGCCGUGCCAAGACCAUAUAGACUCCCAUGACCCUAGCACUGGCUUGGUCUGGGCCAAGAUUCCAGACUCAGGCCAGGCUGAGGUGGAUGCUGCUGUGAAUGCUGCUCAGGCCGCAUUUGAAGGAUGGUCAUGUAAAUCUGCUCAGACACGUGCAAAUCACCUACUCAAGGUUGCUGAUAUUCUUGAAUCACGUUUGGAAGAAUUUGCUGUUGCAGAGUCACGGGAUCAAGGAAAGCCAGUGUGGCUUGCAAGAAUAAUUGAUAUCCCAAGAUGUGUGCUGAAUUUAAGGCAUUUUGCUCAUGCCAUUCCACAUCACCUGAAUACCUCAAAUGUCAACCCAGAGAUGGGAGUUGUGAACUACACCCUCAGGGAACCUCAGGGUGUGGCAGGUCUCAUCAGUCCAUGGAACUUACCCUUGUAUCUGUUGACAUUCAAACUUGCCCCUGCUCUCAUGUGUGGUAACACUGUUGUUGCCAAGCCUUCAGAAAUGACCUCUGUAACGGCCUACAUGUUCUGUAAAGUCCUACAGGAUGCAGACUUUCCUGCAGGUGUUGUAAACAUAGUAUUUGGACGUGGUCCUUCUGCAGGCCAAGCUCUCAUAACUCAUCCUCAGGUGCCACUGGUGUCUUUCACUGGAUCAACACUCACAGGAAAAUUUAUUGCUCAGGCCACAGCUCCCAUGUUCAAGAAGUUGUCCCUUGAGAUGGGUGGCAAAAAUGCUGCUGUUGUAUUUGAUGACUGCGAUAUGGAAUCCUGCAUAGCUACUCUUAAGAGAAGCUCUUUUAUCAAUUCAGGACAAGUAUGCUUGUGUACAUCAAGAAUCUUUGUUCAGAAAUCUCUCUUUAAAGAUUUCUUGGAAAAAUUUACUGCAGUUGCAAGGGAAGUGAAGAUUGGUCCUCCAUCAGAUAAGGAUGUCUUUAUGGGCCCUCUUAAUUCAAAACCUCAUCUGGAAAAAGUUCUGAGGUACAUUAGCUAUGCUGUGGAAGAUGGAGGGCAAGUGCUUUGUGGCCAUGGUGUUGAGAUCUUGGAUUUACCUCCCCAGAACAAAGAGGGUUACUUCAUGAGACCAACGAUAAUUACGGGUCUGAGUGAUAAGUCUCGGUGCAUGCAAGAGGAGAUAUUUGGCCCAAUAACAUGUGUUACACCUUUUGAUACUGAAGAGGAAGUCAUUACUCGAGUUAAUGACACACCGUAUGGCCUUUGUGCUUCUGUUUUUACAUCAAACUUAGCAAGAGGACAUCGUGUUGCUCAUAAGCUCAAGGCUGGAACUGUGUGGACCAAUUGUUGGCUGGUGAGAGACCUUGACAUGCCAUUUGGAGGUGUGAAGAAGAGUGGGCUGGGUCGGGAGAGUACACAGGAUUCCCUUGAAUUCUACACUGAGGCCAAGACUGUCUGCAUUAAGAUAUAACACAUCUGACUGCAUGGUCAAGUAACUAUUUCUACACAUCAGUUUUGUUUUGUAUACAUAGUGAACUUAUUCAUGCAAUAUUCUUCACAUAGUAUAGACUGUGAAAGCUCUAGAAUCAUAGAAAGAAUACUUAUUUUUCUGUUGUUACCAUACAUUCCUGUCAAUCCACUAACUUCAUUAUCUUGUCUCUGUCUUCCUCAUGCACUCAUAUGUCUGUAAAAACAAUCAUCAUGAAAUGUAUUGCUACUCAUCUAUGCAAUGAAGUAUUCUUCAUUAAAUACUGAGGCAUAACUGAUCCAUAAAUCAGAAAAUAUAUCACAUUUUAUUACCUAUGAGCAUUGUUCAUCCAAUUUUUAGAAUCUAUUAACUUUGCUUUACUUCUUUUUGGUGGCUCUUUCAAAAACUAUUACUCAUAUUCAUAUGUAUUGAAAACUUGGACUUAUUCCUAAAACAUAAAUCAGUGGUUGGAGACCACAUGAGGCAGCUUCAGGGAGAAUACCAUAAAACACAGUUAUAAAGUUUUUAGAUGACAGUGAAAACGAUAAGAUUGUCUGCCCAAAAAACAAGGCAUACUUAAUUAAUCCACACUUGCAUGGAGAAGUGUCUGAAAGACCACUGGAUAAGUAUUACUCUAUUCAAUAGUCAGUUUUUUGUAUGCUUUCAAUAUUUCUACCAUCAAUUUUUGCCCACCAGAGGAAUUUCUUGGGUAACUCCAUUCACUUGCUUGGGUUUGAUUUUCAUCUAUUAUUCCUUGCAUGUCUCACUUUCAUAUGUGAUCACUGUUGAUGCAAAUGUGUCAUUCCUUUUUGCCUCAUGCAUUGUUAUUUUGUCUUAAUACAAAUUAGAAACUGAACCACCUUUCUCUCUUGGACACUUUUUUUUCUAGAUUUCCUUUGUCAUAGACUGCAUUAAAUCAAAACAAAUACUUAAAUUUGUGCAACUCUUCCAUUUCUUCUUUUUAAUAACUGUAAUUUCAUUUGGAUCUUAAGUAAAUACAAAGUCUGGUGUGAAUGGUUUAAUCUGUUGUAUGUUCCUUGUACAGAUUGACCGUUGAUACUCCAACAUUGUUUAUUCUGGCAUAUUUACAGCUGGCUAUAUUAUCUCUCUUUCAAACCUCUCAUGGCCAUGUAGCUAUCUGUACACACUUACAGAUGGUGUCACAAUCAUAUCACAGUACCGGUGUUGUGUGAAUUUUUCCUGUGUCAAAGUUGUUCCCAGAAGACAUCUUUGUACUUGUGCACUAUAUUGAGAGCAGGGCAACAAAACAUCUAUUAGGUAUUUUAUGAUAUUUUUACCUAUUAUCAACAUAUGUAUGGAGUUAUAUUGGCAAAUUACUAUUGUUUUAUUGUCUGUGGAAUAUGUUCAGAUAGAAAUGGAGCAAGAAAAGAGUAAUGUAUAAUAAUGUGAAAAACACCAAAACAUACUUUAUAUGUGUGUAAAAGUCCUAUGAGUGAGUUAUAUCCAUAGAUUUUAUGUAUUAUCAACACCUGUAUGGAGUUAUAUUGACAAAUUAUUAUUGUUCUGUUGCCUGUGGAAUAUGUUGAGAUAGAAAUGGAGCAAGUAAGCAAGUGUAAUGAGUGCUCUUGGGAACAAUUUCAACAGUUGGAGUGAUUUUAGAUGACACCAUUUAACAGGUUCUGCAUUGUGUGUGUUUGUAACUGCCUUUGAAUAGAUUUCUUCUUUGUGAUCCUUAUUUCACAUAGCUAUGACUUUAAAAGUGGAGGUGGUAAUUGUGGCACAGAACAAACAAUACAAUUACAAAAAAUUGGAAAUGUUGCAAAAGCUA